UGGUGCACCAACGGCCUGUCCGAUCUGCGGCCGUUCUAUCGCCCGCCGUGCUCCCCAGGAUCAGGCGUUCGCCGGUCACACACAGACCUUUGGAUCCAAGGCAGUCGCGGAGGUGAUUAGCUCGGAGACGGUGAAUGAGCGUCUCGAACGUGCCACAGUCAGGGAAACUGUCAUCCUCUUCUGCAAAAUGUACAGAACCAAAGUGGGUUUGAAGGACCGGCAGCAGCUCUACAAGCUGAUCAUUAGCCAGCUGCUCUACGACGGUUACAUUAGUAUCGCCAAUGGCCUCAUCAACGAGAUCAAGCCCCAGUCGGUGUGCGCCCCCUCGGAGCAGCUCCUGCAUCUCAUCAAGCUAGGGAUGGAGAACGAUGACACUGCGGUCCAGUAUGCCAUUGGUCGCUCUGACACGGUUGCCCCGGGCACAGGGAUUGACCUGGAGUUUGAUGCAGACGUUCAAACAAUGUCACCAGAGGCUUCCGAGUAUGAGACCUGUUAUGUCACUUCCCACAAAGGCCCAUGCCGCGUGGCCACCUACAGCAGAGACGGGCAGUUGAUAGCCACAGGAUCUGCUGAUGCUUCCAUAAAGAUACUGGACACAGAAAGAAUGUUGGCCAAAAGUGCCAUGCCGAUUGAGGUCAUGAUGAAUGAGACUGCACAACAGAACAUGGAGAACCACCCAGUGAUUCGAACUCUUUACGACCACGUGGAUGAAGUCACGUGUCUUGCUUUUCACCCAACAGAACAGAUCCUGGCCUCAGGCUCAAGGGAUUAUACUCUAAAAUUGUUUGAUUAUUCCAAACCAUCUGCAAAAAGAGCUUUCAAAUACAUUCAGGAAGCCGAAAUGUUGCGUUCCAUCUCUUUCCACCCUUCUGGAGACUUCAUCCUGGUGGGAACUCAGCAUCCCACGCUUCGCCUGUAUGACAUCAACACCUUCCAGUGUUUUGUCUCCUGCAAUCCCCAAGACCAGCACACCGAUGCCAUCUGCUCCGUUAACUAUAAUCCUAGUGCCAACAUGUAUGUCACUGGCAGCAAGGACGGCUGCAUCAAGCUGUGGGAUGGCGUCUCCAACCGCUGCAUCACAACCUUUGAAAAGGCUCACGAUGGGGCAGAAGUCUGUUCUGCCAUUUUCUCCAAGAAUUCCAAGUACAUCCUCUCAAGUGGAAAAGACUCUGUAGCUAAACUCUGGGAAAUAUCCACAGGGCGGACACUGGUGAGGUACACAGGCGCAGGUCUGAGCGGACGGCAAGUGCACCGGACACAGGCGGUGUUCAACCACACUGAGGACUAUAUUUUGCUGCCGGACGAAAGGACCAUCAGCCUGUGCUGCUGGGACUCCAGGACAGCUGAGCGCAGGAACCUGCUGUCCCUGGGCCACAACAACAUCGUGCGCUGCAUAGUGCACUCCCCCACCAACCCUGGCUUCAUGACAUGCAGCGAUGACUUCCGAGCUCGGUUCUGGUACCGGAGGUCCACCACUGACUAAACUGGCCCCAUCCUAGGGUUCUUGUCUCAGGACUCUGCCCUCCUCCCUGUGUCCUCACCGGCUGUGGAAGUGAGCAGCUUGCACCAUCUGUGGCAGGGGUGUGGCCGCCUGGCUCCUGCCUCGGAUCUGUGUGUGGGAGCUCCUUUUUUACCUUGACGUAGACGCGUGGUGGGAAAAGUUGUCCUAUUACAGUGAUUUCCAUGUGGUCUCCACCAGCUCAGUGAGUGCAGGACUCGGCACAGCCUUCAGCUCUCAUUCCUGGAGAAGGACAGCGUGUGGCCUCGGGGGCACACUUGUCACUUCCUGCGUUGUCCUGACCCCUCUGUAUUUUCUUUCCAGAUGCAUUUUGACACGUGAGGAGGGCGAUAUCUCUGAGGACCCGGGUUCCAUGUAGAACCAUCUUGCAGGGAACCCAGUCCCACCCUGAGGUGACAUUGUCCUGGUAAUAAAGCUCAGAUCUACAA